AUGGCUUCAUCAUCAGGGCCUUCAGAGGGCGCAAUUGACGCUCUGAUGCGUGCUCCCGACUCCGAGCGGGAAUACACCACCCCGCACCGCCUGCAAAGCACCCACACCCCCAACCCGCGCUUCACCAUUUCCACGCGCACCUACCAGCAGCAAUUCUCCACCAUGUAUUUCCUGCGCCUCGCCUCUCUCAAACCGCACGUCGACGCCCUCGCGCACAGCGCCUGGGGCGACACCACGAUCGCGGGCGAAGCCGUGCAGCACUGCGACCGCGUGCUCGACGUGCGCCAGGGCGAGCUGUGCUGGGUGUCCGGCACCGUCUACAUGGACAUGGGGCUGAAGCCCAACAUCCUCGACGACAUCACAAAGGACCACUGGAUCGCCGCGCCGCCGCCGCGCGCAAAGUACACCACCCCCGGCGCGGACCGCAUCAUGCUUGAGGACGAGAGCGGGCGGCUGAGCCUGGUUGGCGGCGUGCUGGGGACGAUGCAUCUGGUGACGGGGUGUGUGGUUGCCGUGAUGGGCAGCGAGACGGGGGAUGGCGACUUUGAGGUGCUAGAUGUCAUUAUUCCGAACUUGCCGCCGCAGGGGCCGGUGGCGGAGGAGGAGGAGGAGGAGGAGGGGAAAGGGAAGAGCAAGGGCAAGGGGAAAGAGGAGGGGAAGGGGAAGGGGAAAGGCAAGGUCGUCCUCUGCAGCGGCCUCUCCUUCCGCGGCGGCCUCCGAGAAAGCUUCACCACCGACCUCCUCAGCGAAUACCUCCUCGGCGAGCUCGGCACCCCCACCGAGCAAGCCCACACCGCCACCAUCAUCCGCCUCAUCCUCGCCGGCAACUCGCUCGGCGCGCCGCUCUCCGUCCCCGUCCCCGCCGGCGAAGAAAAGGCCAAAAAAUACGGCUACGACGCAUCCGCAUACAACGCCUCGCCCGCGCUCGCGCUCGACAGCUUCCUGGCGCAGCUGCUGCCGUCGCUGCACGUCACCGUCAUGCCCGGCGAGACGGACCCGGCCAACGUGUCGAUGCCGCAGCAGCCGCUGCAUCCCGCCAUCUUUGGCGAGGCGAAGGCGUAUGGCGGGAGCACGUUUGAGCGCGCGACGAACCCGUGGACGGCGGAGGUGGGCGGGGUGGGCUUGUUGGGGACCAGUGGGCAGCCGCUGGAUGAUGUGUAUAAGUAUGUGGAGGGGGAGGACCGCCUGGCGAUGGCGGAGCGGCUGUUGAGGUGGAGGGUGGUGGCGCCGACGGCGCCCGAUACGUUGUGGUCGUAUCCGUUUAACGACCAGGACCAGUUUGUAAUCGAGGAGUGUCCGCACGUGUUCUUUGUCGGGAACCAGGACAAGUUUGAGACCAGCCUUGUCGAGGGCGCCGAGGGCCAGCGGUGCAGAGUCGUCUUGGUGCCGAGGUUUUCAGAGACGGGGGAGGUCGUCGUGGUGGAUCUGGAGACGCUGGAGGUCGAGGUCGUCAAGUUCCAGCUUAGGGAGUAG